UUGGAUUUCAGAUUAAUCAUGUAGAGAAAUAGAUAAGAAAUCAACAAGAACACAAGAACAUAACAAUCAAAAUCCAAGAGAUGAACUUCUCCAGAGAGUUUUUGUGUAUUUCUCAAUAGAUCAAAAGAUAAUCUGCCCUGGUGGCUACAAAAGAUGUUUAAAACAUAGGUUUUUGAAAUGUAAAACGUGCAUAAUAAAAUGACCAAAAGGCCCUUAAGUAAAAUAGAAAUCGACCCAACAAUAGACGCGGAGCGAUCUCGGCAUGUCGCUCCGACAAGUCGCUCCGGCCUUCGGGAGCGACCUCAGUGGGUCGCUCUGAGAGGUCGCUCCGGGCUUCGCUUCGUGUCGUCUCGCCAUAGAGACGCGAGCGACCUCGGGGUGUCGCUUUGGGAGGUCGCUCCGAGAGGGGUGUGAGAUGCGAGCGACCUCGGUGCGUCGCUCUGGGCAAGUCGCUCUGGGCUUCCAACGGGAUGAGUAUGGCGAGCGACUUCACGGGGUCGCUCUAGCUAGGUCGCUCUGAGAGGUGCUUUGGAGCGACCUCAUGACGUUGCUGCGGAACCUCGCUCCCAUGCUCUACUCGUCCAAUGAUCACCUAUUUCACCUCCUUUGAGCUCCGAAUGCAUCCAAAUGUCCCCAAGAACUCCAUGUGGCACUCCAACACCUGAUAAAGACUCAUGUAUGCAAAAUGUAACCUAAACAUGGCUAAAUCCUAGUCUAUAUGAUUAAAAUGCACAUGGACGAAUGGAUAAGAUAAUGGAAAUAUGCAAGAUAUCAAUAUCCCACUUCAAAUAAAAUAACUUAAUUAGAUAUAUCCCAUAAAUUUAUUAGCCCAAAUAUUUUAAAACCCUAGUCACCUGUUACGUUCUCUCUUUAGAAAAAAUCUGCAAAAAAAAAUAUAUUUUUUUUUUACUACUUUUCACAUUUAACAAAACUUACGUGCUCUAUAUUCAUCUCUUACUUUGACUCUUUAGCUACUAUCGACCAUAAGAGCUCUUUUUGGUAUCUCUUCAAAGUAAGCAUAUAUACUAUAUGUCACAAUCUGCUAUAUAUUUAUUUGAUUUUUAGGUUUUUUUUUCAUAGUGUGUAUUAUCGUUUUGAAUACUAAUAUAUUUUUUACCAAGUACUAUGGAGAGAUAUUUUAAAAAACGAUGUGUCUCGAAGUCGGACACUAGUUCAGAGAUUUUGACUUCAAAUCCUUUAUUAUCAACAUCAAAAACUAAUGUGAAGGAUCCAGCUUCGACAUCAAAAAUCAAUAAGGAUUUUCCUUCAGCUUCAAACUCCAAUUUGGAAUCAUUGCCUUCAGAUCCUGCAGAUAGAAAAAGAAUAUCAGAAUAUCAUCAUAACGAAAGAGAUGAGGUAAGACGCAAAUAUCUUACUAAAGGUCCUUGUCAACCUCGUGGUCAUGAUUUUCCUAAGACACUAGUAGAGAAUAAAUAUAGAAGAUAUAAUCCAGCUUGGUUUGAUCUCUACGGUAGGUGGUUAGAAUAUAGUGUAAAAACAAACAAAGCAUAUUGUUUGUUUUGCUACUUGUUUAGAGACUACACUGAAAAUAAAGGUGGAAGUGAUGAAUUUGUGACAAAAGGUUUUGAUACUUGGAAAAAUCCAAAGAGGUUGGGAGACCAUGUGGGACAAGUGAAUAGUUUUCACAACAAUGCUAUGAAGAUGGCUGAUAAUCUAAUGAAUCAAGAUCAGUCAAUCACUCGUGCUUUUUAUAAGCAGAAUGAAGCAGCAAAAAAUGAAUACAAGAUCAGAUUGAAUGCUUCAAUUGAUGUUUGUAUAUAUUUAUUGCGAGGACUACCUUUUCGAGGACAUGAUGAGUCGAUGGAAUCAGCCAAUAAGGGAAACUUUGUUGUGCUUUUGAAAUAUACUGCAACUCAGAAUGAGCUUGUAAGUAAGGUUAUGUUGGAAAAUGCUCUCAAGAACAAUCAGAUGGUGUCUCAUAAAAUUCAGAAAGAAUUAGCACAUUGCUUUGCAGAGGAAGUUAUUCAAUUUAUUAUCCAAGAGCUUGAUCAUGAUGUAUUUUGCUUGAUGGUGGAUGAGUCUGCUGAUGUUUCUACUAAAGAACAAGUGGCAGUGGUUUUUCGUUUUGUAGACAAGAAUGGUAUAGUCAAAGAAAGAUUUGUUGGUCUUAUUCAUGUUCAAGAAACUUCUUCUGCAUCUCUAAAAAGUGCUAUCGAUUCACUUUUUGCAAAACGUGGAUUAAGAAUGAAAAAGUUAAGAGGACAAGGUUAUGAUGGAGCUAGUAAUAUGAAGGGUGAGUUCAACGGGUUGAGAUCUCUAAUUUUAAGAGAAAACAAUUCUGCAUAUUAUGUCCACUGCUUUGCUCAUCAGCUUCAGUUGGUUAUCGUUGCAGUUGCUAAAAAACAUUUUGAAGUUAGUGAUUUUUUUGAUAAGAUUUCUGUCUUGUUAAAUGUGGUUGGAGCUUCUUGUAAGAGACAAGAUAUGAUUCGAGAAGACCAACGUAAGAUAAUCGAGGAAGGAGUUAGCCAUGGUGAAAUUAAGACAGGAAAAGGAUUAAAUCAGGAGCGUUCAAAUUAAAGGCCUGGUACUACUCGUUGGGGUUCUCACUGCAAAAAUUUGUUGAGAUUGGCUGAUUUAUUCACUUCCAUCAUUAAAGUGCUUGAGCAUGUCGAAAGAGAUGGGUCAGAUGGUAUCAAAAGAUGUCAAGCUAAUGGUCUACUCAGAUACUUUCACACGUUUGACUUUGUGUUCUACUUACAGUUCAUGUUGCUUCUUCUUGGUCUCACAAAUAAUCUAUCAAAGGCUUUACAAAGGAAAGAUCAUGAUAUUUUGAAUGCGAUGUCUUUAGUGAAAUCUACCAAGCAACAAUUGUACAAGCUCAGGGAUAAUGGAUGGGAUUCAAUCAUUGGAAAGGUGAACUCCUUUUGCGAGAAAAAUAAAACAGAGUUACUCAUUAUGAAAGAAGAUUUUGUUAAUCCAAAGAAGCCAAGACAGAGAAGCAACAUAACAAACUUGCAUCAUUACCAAGUUGAAUGUUUUUACACAGUAUUGGAUAUGCAAAUUCAAGAGUUUAAUGAUCGUUUUGACGAGAUAAACACUGAGCUGUUUGGUUGCACUGCAUCUUUGAGCCCCAUUGAUUCAUUCCACCAGUUUGAUCAGUCAAAACUUGUAAGAUUAUCAGAGUUUUAUCCUGAAGAUUUUAGCUCCGUGGAAUGGAUAUCUCUUGAGCAUCAACUUGGUAUUUACAUCGAUAAUAUCUCUGAAGAUCAUAGGUUUGCUAAUUUGGAGGGUCUUGGAGAUCUUGCACGUGUGAUGGUGGAAACCAAAAAACAUCUUUCACAUCCUCUUGUUUAUCGACUUUUGAAGCUAGUUUUGACUUUGCAUGUUGUCACCGCUACUGUCGAGAGAUCUUUCUCUGCGAUGAAAAUUGUGAAGACUACCUUACGCAACCGAAUGGGUGAAGAAUUUUUGAAUGCUUGUAUGGUUUGUUAUACUGAAAAGGAUCAUUUUGACAAAGUGACAAAUGAAGCAGUGAUAAAAAGAUUUCAAGAUAUGAGAGAGCGAAGAAUGACUUUAUGAGAUUUUUGCAUUACUUUUUAUUAUAUUAGAGUUUUUUUGUUUUUACUUACUAUUUCAGUUUGAUUUUAAUUUUUAAGUUAUAUAUCACACAUUUAACAAAUAUGUUUUAUUUCUUGUUUUAUUUAUUACUAAUUAUUUUAUUUAUUAUAAUAAAUAAUUAUGUGCCACUGUCUAUUUUAAUUUCUAGGUCCGCCCCUGAUUGUUGGACAUAGUAUCCAACUGUAAGGAUGAUUGGAUUGUGAAGGGUUAUGAGCAGGGAAAACCCGCUGAGCUCACCACGGCUGUGUGGUUUGGUAUUUUUCAUAUUCAAGAUUUGGUAGGGUUUAAAUUUAUCAUAUAAAGAAGGUGUAAUCACGAGCAUUUCAAAUUCAUGCUUGUCUAUGUUAAUACAUCCCCUAUAUAUUAAAAGAGAAACAUUACAACAUAUUUUUGUAGACACAUGUCAUCACCACAAUCAAUCUUAGAAUCCUUAGAAAAAUAUGUUGAUCCAUAUAAAUAUAUAAUAAGCUUUUUAUUAAACGAGCCAUAAAUUAAUUAUAAAUGGUCUUCAUUGUUUCCUUAAAUAAAAAUCACGGAAUUACCUAAUGUGGCUAAAGUAUAUAUGAU